AUGGCGAGCCGCCUGGGGUUGGAGGUGCUGCUGCGGCGGCCGUCGGUCAACGGGGAGGCCGGGCCGGUGCCCCCGCCCCGCGCGCACGGCUCCUUCUCCCACGUGCGCGACGCCGACCUGCUAAAGAAGAGGCGCUCGCGGCUGCGGAACAGCAACUCCUUCUCGGUGGACGACGCGGACUCGGGAGCGGCCGGAGCGGCAGGAGCGGCCAGAGCUUCCGGAGCCGCGGCUGCAGUGAACCGCGAGUGCGUCCGCGGCCUGUGGGCCGGGCAGCAGCAGGAGCUGGUGUUUCUGCGCAACCGCAACCCUGAACGUGGCAGUAUCCAGAAUGCCAAGCAGGCGCUCCGCAACAUGAUCAAUUCGUCCUGUGACCAGCCACUGGGCUACCCCAUCUAUGUGUCGCCCCUUACCACCUCGCUGGCCGGCAGCCACCCCCAGCUGCGGGCACUGUGGGGCGGCCCCGUCAGCCUGAGUGCCAUUGCCCGCUGGCUUCUGCACAGCUGGGAGAGGCUUCAUAAGGGCUGUGGUGCCGGUUGCAACAGCGGUGGGAACGUGGACGACUCGGACUGUGGCGGAGGCGGCGGCUUGACCUCCCUCAGCAAUAACCCCCCCCUGGCACACCCCACACCUGAGAACACAGCAGGCAGUGGCGACCAACCCCUCCCUCCCGGCCCAGGCUGGGGCCCUCGGCCUUCCCUGAGCGGCUCUGGUGAUGGGCGCCCCCCUCCUCUGCUGCAGUGGCCGCCCCCUCGGCUCCCUGGAGCAGCCCCUGCUUCCCCCGCCCCCACUGAGGGUCCCCGGCCCUCAAGGCCCCCUGGCCCUGGUCUCCUCAGUUCUGAGGGUCCCAGUGGGAAGUGGAGCCUGGGGGGUCGGAAGGGGCUAGGGGGCUCUGAGGCAGAGCCAGCCUCAGGGAGCCCCAAAGGAGGCACUCCCAAAUCUCAGGCGCCCCUAGACCUCAGCCUCAGCCCGGAUAUCAGCACCAACGCCUCCUCGCCCCUCAGAGCGGCCCAGGACAUUCCUUGCUUGGACAGCAGUGCUCCUGAGAGUGGCACACCCACUGGGACCCUGGGUGACUGGCCUGCCCCUGCUGAGGAGCGUGAGAGCCCGGCCGCCCAGCCCCUGCUGGAGCAUCAGUACUGAGCGGCCUGGUACCCUCUGGAUCCCAGCCCCAGCCCCAGGAUUCAGCAACUUGGAUCCCUGGUCUCUGGCCCCUUUGCUGGACCACAGAACUGAGUGGCUUUGGCUUCCACAUCUGAAUCCUCACCUCUGGCUGCCUUAGCUAGAGUAUCAGAACUAAGUGGGCCAGAUCUCUGACCUUGAUCCUUGAUCUCUCAUCCCUAGUCCAGGGCCUGGGCUCCCCAAACUGAAGCAGGCAGCUUCCCAGCCAGGCCCUAAAAGCCAAACCCAUGGGCUGGUCCCGCUUCGAGCCCGAGGCCAGGACUGACUUGACUUGGCCCCUGGGCCUGCACUGCCUGCAGGGGCAGCCCCCUGGCCUGGACCUGGGGCUGAAAUGUGGGAAGGGUGGUUUCUUUUUUUCUUUCUUUCUUUUUUUUUUUUUUUCGUGCUUCGGAGACACCAGAAUUAAUAACACUAUUUUUGAUUUUG